CCAUGUUGAACCAGCAAUUCUAUCUCCACGGCGAGACGGCCUCGUCCGCCAAGUCUAUCACGCUCGACGAAACAGCAAACCUCGACCAGGUGAAGCAUAUAGUCGCUGCUCAUUUUGCGAUUGUGGAGCCAAACGGGAUCGGCUUCCAAACGGAAAAUGACUGUCUUGUGGACGUCUCCUCGAUCCUCACUGCCCCAGGACCGAUAGCCAUAACCAUUGAUGGCCGCGCUGUCCGAGAACCGGAGGGGCCAAAGGGCCUUCCUUUUGUAGGCAACUACUUCGAGGUCUUCCCAGACCAUCUGGGAAACCACCAGCGCCUCUUCGACACAUACGGACCGAUCAUAAAAACCAACAACCUAGGCCGCACCACAUACCAGACUAACGACCCGCAACUUUCAGCCAUUGUCCUCGCCGAAUCUGACUUUUUUACCAAGAAGAUCAACGAAGCUCACCCGCUCUACCCUCUCAAAACUCCUGAGGCUGGUGUAUUUCUUGGUGAUACUGACACAAAGGAGUGGCGUGACGCUCAUAAGUUUCUACCUCCAGCCCUAGGCCCCAAGGCCGUCCGUCACUAUGCUCCUACCAUGGAUAGCUGCGUGAAAGAUGCGUUUAAGGUGUUCGACGCCCUGGACGAGACCGGCGAAGCAUGGAAUGUGUAUCAGUAUAUGCUUAAGCUCGGCUCCCAAGCGGUGGGUAAGCUGACGCUUGGUCUUGACUUUGAGCAUUUCACGUCGCCCGAUGCACCCACGCAUGAGAUGGUACACGCAAUUGCUGAGCUUCUGUCCCUUAACAAGGAGGUCACCUCCCGAGGUGACUGGUACGCCAAGCUGCCUUUCGGUGCUCCUAAACGAUUGAGGAACCUCAAGGCAAGAAUCGAAGAAAUGGUUGAUGAGUCCGUGCAGAGAGCAGCACGCGGCGGCGUUAGUGAUCUUCCUCUGCAAGAGGCGGCCCUGCAGGCCUCUAACAUGGUUGAUUACGCCAUCCGAGCCACAGACAACAAGGGCGAAAAGCUACCUAAGUCAAGUCUCAUCUGGGCCCUGGUUGUUGCUACCGGCGCUGGAUUCACAACAACCAGCUCCCUUCUCUCUUGGCUGAUCUACGGCCUCGUCACCUACCCCGGCAUGCAGGACCGGCUCCUGCAAGAGCUAGUCGACCACGGCAUAACAGAAGACACUGAGCUCACAGCCGACCUAACAGAGAACCUCCCCUUUCUUGACAAGUAUAUCAAGGAAAUGCAGCGGCGCCAUAACCCUUCCUACCAGCCAGGUCGAACUGCGAAAGUCGACCUAGUCCUACCAGGGGGGUACAAGAUCCCAAAGGACAGCGUUGUCAUUGCUGCGCUGCACCAUAUCCACAAUAAUCCGAGUAUCUGGGAUAACCCCUCCCGGUUUGACCCUGAUCGGUGGGAUACGGAUGAGGUGAAGCAGCGGCAUAAGGCGUCGUAUAUUCCGUUUGCGAUUGGGCCGAGAAUGUGCAUUGGAUUCAAUUUCGCAUUGUCCGAGAUCAAAGUCUUCCUGCCAAGGUUAGUUUACCGGUAUAACUUCAUCCGGGAGGGAGACGGGCCAAUUGAGUAUGAUCCCAUGUUUCAGCUCAUCAGGCCGAAUAAUUUGUAUGUUAGGGCCGAGAGAAGGGUCAAGUGGCCGGCUAAGACCAAGUCAAGUGAAUAA